CCGAUGCGUCAAACAGUCACAGGGACUCGACUAUAAAUACGACUGCGCUCAACGGACAGCAAGGCAUUUUUUCCCUCCCCAAAAUCAUAAGAAGGACACUAUACUGAGCAAGAAUCACGGGAAUCCGGCUUAGGCUACCUUUGAUCAUUCCACCUACCUUUUUGACAUAUUGUAUGUUAUAUACAUUUAGUAGCCAGUUCCUUUGUUUGCAAUGAGUGGAUUAUCUAUGAAACACGUCGUGGUGGCAGCGGCAGUGUGCUGCUCCGUGCUGGCCGCAGUGACGUUUGGGUCCCCGGUAAUGGGGCCAGAGCCGAUCCGAUGCGCCCCUUGCACUCCCGAGAAGCUGAGCGAGUGUCCAGCGGUUGCGCCUGGAUGUGCCGAAGUGCUGCGGGAGCCGGGCUGUGGAUGCUGUCUCGCAUGUGCCCUAAAUGCUGGAGAUCUUUGCGGAAUCUACACGGCACCAUGCGGCUCUGGUCUAAGGUGCACCCCCGCACCGGGCGACCUCCGGCCACUGCACGCCCUAACCACCGGGCAGGCUGUAUGCUCCGAGAGCACUCAGCCCGAGCGGAGCCCUGAACCCCGAAACCAAGAUCUCGCCUUUCCAGACCAGGGAGAGCCAGAGACGGAGAUGGAGAACACAGCCACCGUCUCGGACCCCGGCUUCAGUCCAUUCUUCCCCGGCCACAGUAAGCCCUACGACCCGAGGGCCGCCGCCGACGCUCAGGAGAGCAUGGAAGACAAACCCAACACUAUCCGCAGGAAACUAUCCAAGGAGGGACCCUGUCACAUUGAACUGCAGAGAGCCUUAGAGAAGAUUGCCAAAUCCCAGCAGAAAUUAGGAGACAAACUGACCAGAUUCUACCUCCCCAACUGUGACAAACAUGGACUCUACAAAGCCAAGCAGUGCGAGUCUUCUCUGGAUGGGCAGAGGGGUCGGUGCUGGUGUGUGACCUCUUGGAACGGGAAGAGAAUCUUGGGUUCCGCCGAACUGCCCGGAGAUGCAGAAUGUCCAUGAGAGAUCAGCCCAGGAACCGAUCUCAAAAAGAAAGCCACUGAAUUUCUCUUUUGACAGCUGUUAUUUAUUUUGUCUGUGGUGGUGUUGAAUUCAGGUACACUGUCUUUGUGGGACUGUGGGUCCCUCAAACCCCCCUCCCCGCCCCCCCCCACCUUCCCCUCAUCCCCCACCAAAGAAAAAAAAUCUAUUUUUGUUUUUCUUAAAAGGAGAUUUUGAUAUUGAUGCAUUUACUUUAACCCCUCAGCCUUAUUUAUUUCAAUUGUAUUGCAUUUUAUGUUAUUUGUAAUUAUUUUAUGAGUAUUUAUAUCAUUUUACCUUAUUGUUAUUAUUUCAAUGGAUGUAUAAAGUGUGUAUAUAUGUAUCUUGAACCUGAGUAACUCCAUUGCUGAGUUGAGCUCGCUCUGCCCUUGAGGAGUUUCCUGGUGGUUUGGUUUGCUGCGAACCACACAAGAACAAAAGCACUGAGUGACCAAAUGUCAUUUGGAUUGAUUUCUAUUUUACUUCUAAGUUAUUUUAUUUUUUUCAUGUUGCCUCUGUCUUGUCCUUUUUGUUAUGUUUGUUUCUGAUGUCAUACAUGACUUAACUCAGCUAUCGUCAGUAAGAGCAAAACUUUCUCUUAAACGUCUCAGAAAACAACAUCCCAUGGUCCUUUGGGUUUGCAGAUUGCAUGAUGGGUAGUGCUUCUGCAUUGCCCCUCAGACGGGUAUACCGUAUCUACCUUUUACCUACCUCCGAUGUAACGUCUCUGCUGUCACGUGUGUGUGUUAAUGUAUCCGUCGAAGACUUGUUUUACUUUUAUGUCGCUGUUCUCUCUGGCCAGGAACACAUGACCACAAAGAGCACGUUUUUGUUGUUUCAUCGUGAACCAUGAAUGAUGGUGGGGAAAUUGUGUUGAUUGUGAUGGGUCUGCUCUGUCUACAUGCUGCUGUUGGGGAGAGAAUCGUUUAUGUGAGUCUAUUCCAAAGUGACUAACUGCUCAGUCGUGUGUAUGUAUACUUUUGUAAUUGAGAUGUUAUGUAAAAAAAAAAAGUGUUAUAUUUAAUAAAAAUGUUAACCUCA